CUCAGUAACUCUCACAGUUUUCCAGACACUGGCAGGAUGCAGCUGGACCUGCUGUGGAUCACUGCUGCUCUUCUGGCCUCUGGACCAGUUCUAACACUAUGUGCACCACUCAACGUGAUGUCCGCCCCCAACUUGCUGAGGGUGGGCACCACUGAGAAAGUGUUUGUUGAGGCUCAGGACUACACUGGAGGAGAUAUCCCAGUCAGGGUGGUGGUGAAGAACCAUCCGCAGAAGAACAUCGAGCUGGCAUCUAAACAGGUCCUCCUCAGCGCCAAUAACAACUUCCAGGAGCUGGUGGACAUCAAGAUUAUGGAAAACAAGGAUGCAUUCAGUGAAGACCCGCUGGAGAAGCAGUACGUUUACCUCGAGGCCCAUUUUCCCACCAGUGUGCUGGAAAAGGUGGUGAUGGUCUCGUUCCAGUCCGGCUACAUAUUCGUCCAGACAGACAAGAGCAUCUACACCCCCCAGAGCACAGUUAAAUACAGAAUCUUCUCAGUGACCCCUGACCUGCAGCCAUUGGAUCAGAAUGGUAUCUCUAUUGAAAUCAUAAAUCCUCAAGGAAUCAUCCUUCACAGAGACCUGUUCUUCCCCAAGCAAGGAAUUCUGACCGGGACGUACGACAUCCCUGACGUUGCCAGUCCUGGAAUUUGGUCGAUAGCAACACGUUUCAAGAACACGCCUCAGAAGAAUUUCACUGCUGAAUUUGAGGUUAAAGAAUAUGUGCUGCCAACGUUUGAGGUUACCUUAAGACCUGCCAAGUCUUUCUUCUACGUGGACGAUGACAAACUGGAAGUGGACAUUUAUGCCCAGUAUCUCUUCGGGAGCAAAGUGGACGGCAUUGCGUUCGUGGUCUUCGGUGUGAUCCAGGGAGACAGCAAGACCAGUCUGGCAGCUUCUUUAAGACGAGUCUCGAUCACAGAGGGUGAAGGAAAAGCCGAGCUGACGAGAGAAAUGAUCCUGAAAACCUUCAAAAGCAUGGAUGAUCUGGUGGGAAGCUCCUUAUACAUAUCGGUCAGCGUUCUAACAGAGACCGGUAGUGAAAUGGUAGAAGCUCAGAGGAGGGGCAUUCAGAUCGUGACGUCACCUUACACCAUCCACUUCAAAAGAACACCAAAAUUCUUCAAACCUGGAAUGCCUUUUGAUGUCACGGUUUACGUGACGAAUCCAGAUGAUACACCUGCUGAAAGAGUGGAUGUGGUGGUGAGUCCUGGAGAUGUUCUGGGUCGCACCGAGUCCAACGGCAUGGCAAGGGUUACCGUCAACACCGCGGUCGGCUCCAAGAGUCUGACAAUUACCGUAAAAACCAAAGAUCCAGGUUUAACUCCUGCCAGACAGGAUGAGAAGCAAUUUAUAGCUGAAGCUUAUGCUACUAAAGGAGGCUCCAAAAAUUACCUUCACGUUGGUGUGGAUGCUGGAGAACUGACGGUUGGAAUGUCUCUGAAAGUUACUCUGAACUAUGGGGCGAGUCCUGGUGUCCAGAAUAGUCAAGACUUCACCUCCUUGAUCCUCAGUAAAGGACAGAUCGUCCAGGCUAAGAGGUUUAAAAGGGACGGACAGUCCCUGGUGGCUCAGUCCAUACUCGUCACCAAAGACAUGCUCCCCUCGUUCCGGGUUGUGGCGUAUUACCAUGUGGGAGCCAGUGAGGUAGUGGCUGACUCGGUCUGGGUGGAUGUGAAGGACACGUGCAUGGGGACGCUGAAAGUGGAGACCAGGAUUAAGAAGGCCACUUAUGAACCCGGCGAGAGCUUCUCUCUGUCAAUCACUGGAGAUCCUGGUGCCAAAGUUGGUCUGGUAGCCGUAGACAAGGGUGUCUUUGUCCUCAACAAGAACCGUCUCACUCAGAGCAAGAUCUGGGACAUCAUUGAGAAGCAUGAUACUGGUUGUACUGCAGGAAGUGGUAAAGACAGUAUGGGGGUUUUCUAUGAUGCAGGACUAGUAUUUCACUCCGACAAAGCUGACGGCACCACGGAAAGAACAACAAAAGCCUGUCCAACUCCAACGAAGAGAAAACGGAGAGCCGAGACCGCUAUACAGGUCUCCCAAACUCUGAGCUCUAAGUACAGCGGAGAGCUGAAGAAGUGUUGCGCAGACGGACUGAGGAAGAAUAAGCUGGGCUACACCUGCGAACGAAGAGCUACGUUCAUCACCGACGGGCCGGAGUGCGUCCAGGCCUUCAAACACUGCUGUGAAGAAAUGCAGAAGCGUCGCGUGGAGGACGGAGAGGGCGAGAUGCUCCUAGCUCGCAGUGAGGAAGAUGAUGAUCUGUAUGUGACCUCAGAUGAAAUCGUGUCCCGUACUCAGUUCCCCGAGAGUUGGCUCUGGGAGGACAGGGACAUGCCGUCCUGCAAAAAGAGCCCAUGUCCUUCAACAAAUCUGGUGAUGGAGAAUAAAUAUUUGAAGGACUCCAUUACGACCUGGCAGGUUCUCGCCAUCAGCCUGUCCAAGACCCAUGGGGUCUGCGUGGCGGAUCCGUUUGAAAUGAUCGUUAGGAAAGAUUUCUUCGUAGAUCUGAAGUUGCCGUACUCAGCGGUGCGGAAUGAGCAGCUGGAGAUCAAGGCCGUCCUGCACAACUUCUCCAGUAAGAAACACGAGAAAGUGCGAGUCGAGUUCAUCGAGACGAGGGAUGUCUGCAGCGCCGCCAGCAAGAAAGGAAAGUACCGCACCACCGUUAGCGUCGAUGCUAUGUCUUCCAGGUCCAUCUCUUACGUCAUCAUUCCCAUGAAGCUGGGGGAUUUCGACAUUGAGGUGAAGGCUGCAGCCAUUAAUUCAGGACAUGCUGACGGAGUGAAGAAGAAGCUGAAGGUGGUGUCUGAAGGUGUUUUAACUACAGUAGAGGAGGUCAAUGUGGAGCUCAACCCAUCCAAAAAUCCCGGUGGAGUUCAGGAGGUGAAUGUGAAGAGUGAUAUACCGAAGGGGCAGAUACCCAACACCCCCGCUCAUACAUACAUUACUGUAGCUGGUCAGGAGGUGAGUCAGACCAUCGAGCAGGCCAUCAGUGGAGACUUCAUGGGUCGUCUGAUCGUGCAACCUCACGGUUGCGGAGAGCAGACCAUGAUCUACAUGACUCUGCCGCUCAUCGCCACGCACUACCUGGACACCACCAAGCAGUGGGAGGCAGUCGGAAUGCAGCGCCGUGCCGAAGCCAUCAAACACAUCCAGACCGGUUAUCAGCGAGAGUUGACUUACCGCAAACCGGAGGGAUCUUACGCCGCAUGGACAGACAGACAAGGCAGCACAUGGCUGACUGCGUACGUAUCAAAAGUCUUCGCCAUCGCCAGUAGUUUGAUCGCCAUAGACGAGAAGGUUCUCUGCGGUUCUCUGAAGUGGUUGGUUCUAAAGACGCAGAUGCCGGAUGGCAUGUUCAGAGAGGACGCUCCCGUGAUUCAUGGGGAGAUGGUUGGCGACGUGCGAGGGAAGGAUGCCGAUGCAGCCCUGACAGCGUUUGUACUAAUCGCCAUGCAAGAAGGACACGAACUUUGCGCCAAUUUAGUCCCGAGUCUUCCAGAGAGUAUGAACAAGGCAAUAGAAUAUCUGGGCCGUAGAAUUCCCACCAUGACCAAUCCUUACGCCAUUGCGAUGACGUCCUAUGCUAUGGCCAACGCUGGCAAACUUGACAAAGAUCUCCUGAUGAAGUUUUCCUCUGGAGAUAGCUGUCACUGGCAAGUUUCUGGAGGCCACCACUUCACACUGGAAGCGUCAGCCUAUGCCCUGCUGGCGUUGGUAAAGGUGAAAGACUUCGAGGCAGCUGGGAAGGUCGUGCACUGGCUCAACAGGCAAACUAGCCCAUACGGAAGUAGCGGCACCACACAGGCGACCAUCAUGGUGUUCCAGGCAGUGGCUGAGUACUAUAAGCAGGUGAAGACGCUGCAGGAUGCGGAACUGGACGUGGCUGUGGCUAUAAGUGGAAGAACUAAAACAAACAGAUGGGUUUUCAAAAGGGAAACUCCACUUCUCUCACGAUCAGACAAGGUUCAGCUCAAGCAGGAGUUCAAUGUUACUGCAAAGGGAACGGGUGUAGGAUCUCUGAAAGUAACGACUCUUUACUACGCCAGACCCAUCGAGAGGGAGAGCGACUGCAAAUUAUUUAAUCUUUCUGUUUCCAUGAAACGUCUACGUCAAGUGACAUACCAGGGAGCUAAAGAAAGCUACGAGCUCACCAUCGAAACCUUCUAUAAGAAUCCAAAGGAAAAGAGAGACGCCACCAUGUCUAUUCUGGAUAUCGGCCUGCUGACAGGAUUCGUAGUGGAUGAACUGGAUCUUGCUGAACUCACCACCGGGAAAGAAAGAUACAUUCAGAAGUUUGAGAUGGAUAAGCAGCUCUCAGAACGAGGCUCCCUCAUCCUUUAUCUCGAUAAGGUCUCUCAUGAGGAGGUAGACAGGUUCGUUUUCAGAGUUCACAAGAUCACAGAGGUAGCCAUGCUCCAACCCGCCUCAGUCUCUGUGUAUGAGUACUACGCUCCAGGGGAGCGCUGUGUGAAAUACUACCACCCGCUGAAGAAAGAUGGAACCCUGGACAGACUGUGCAGCAGCCAGGAUGGCCUCUGCCAGUGCGCCGAAGAAAACUGCAGCAUCCAGAAGAAAGAGAAAAUCGACGAACAAGAACGGUCGGAUAAGGCGUGUGAAGUUGGCAUGGACUACGUUUACAAAGUCAAGCUCCAGAGUUCUAAGAAGACCCCGUACUCAGACUUCUACGACAUGAAGAUUGAACAGGUCCUAAAAGAAGGAUCUGAAACAGGUGUGGAAGGGCAGGUGAGGAGCUUCAUGGGUCACUCUAACUGCCGGGAAUCGUUCGGGUUCGAGGACGGAAAGUCCUACCUUAUCAUGGGCCGCAGCGCUGACCUGCCGAAGAUAGACAAAAGGCUGCAGUAUAUCCUGGGUGAGCAGACGUGGAUCGAGUACUGGCCCACGAGUGAAGAGGGUCAAACUUCUGAAUUCGAGGAUCAAUAUCUGGGCAUCCAGGACCUCACUCAGAAACUCACCAACUUCGGCUGCACCACAUAAACACACUAACGCUGAUAAUGUGUUUUUAAUAACACUUUUAUUAAUUCCCUUCUUUAUACUGUAACUCCAAAUGUAUCAUUUCGUCAUCAAAAAAUACAUAUAUAUACAAUAAACUAAAAGAAACGA